AUGGCCAACCUCGCACCAAAUGCGCCUCGGGAGGACGUCGAGGAGGAGUUGAGCUUCACUUCUGUACUGAUCGAGAGUCUGGAUCAGGGCGCAGACGAUUACGCCACUAAGGUAGAAGAGCUUGAGGAGACGCAACGGCAACUUCAACGAAGGCUCGACACGCUGCCCGAUAGCUCGAGGCCGGCGACCAGUGAAGACAUGAAUGCUCAGCAGUAUGGCUAUGGAUGGGGUCAGGCGACAGUGAAUGGAGCGCCAGGCAACAGCGGAGGUCACGCGUACCCUCAGAAUGGCUACGCUCACUCACUCAGUAGACCUUCAUUGAGUUCGGCUAACGGCACAAAACGUUCACGGCCACAGGAUCUCUCGUUUGAACACUACCACGAACACCCCUCGAAACGCCUCACGCCUGAACCUUCAAACAGCUCCGGCUCCGGCUCCGGCUCUCCAGACGCCGUCGAUUUUGAUAGCUUCAUCAAUAGUGGCUCAGCGACACAGCCAUUCGGUAACUCGGGGUACCAGUCUUUCGAUAACUCGCGAUACCAGCAACAAGUCCAGCAGCAGCAGGAGAUGUACAAGCGCAAGCACGAGCAAGAGCAUGCCAGUGAGCAGCUUGCUCGCUCCAUGAGCCAUCCCUACAGCAGGCCCUUGUCUACCAUGCCAUCAUCGUCGCGACCUGGCGUACAAACCACGAUUGGAUUUAACGGCAUGUUCCAGAGGCCACCCCCUCCUCCGCCAAAGCCUGAACAAGUCUACAGCACGCCACAGUAUAACCAUAUGAGCACGCCGCAGUAUCAGCCAUACCAACAAUCGCACCAGCAUGUCAAGCCCGAGCCAGGCUCGUCUAGGCAACAGCUUGUGACUCGACCACGUCCUUCUACUGGUGAUGUGGUGGACCUCACGGGCAGUGAUGAUGAGGAGGACCUGGAGGAGAUUGCGCCUGCAAACUUCACACCAAGUCAUCGACCUGUCCGACCCGUCGAGCAUCAGCCGUACGCCUCGACUCCACAGCAAUACGACAUGCCCGGCAGCUACCCAUCUCCAUAUACCGGUAGACCACCGCCACUGCACUAUGCUCAAGGUGUAUUUGGCACACAGGCAGCCGGCUCUACUUACAACACCGUCACUGCUUUACAGAAUGCCUACGCCGGGCUAAAACAAGCUAGCAGUAGCUAUCUGAACGACGAUCUCAACAACCUCAAUAUGCUCAUCAAUGGCUCAAGAUCAAGACCUUACGGUGUCGAUGAAGACGAUGACUUGGUGUACAGUGGUUCACGCCCGCUUGGUGCCUAUGCAGGCCAAGCAGACCUGUUCCAAUCACGAUAUAACGAAAUCUAUGAUAACGAUCCUACGAAGACUAAAGAAGAAAUCAACGCUCUACUGGAAAAUAUCCGGCCUGAUGAGGAGAUGCCUCAACACUUGCGCAUUCAGACGCCAGAAGCUCUGACCAUCACUCUGCACAAGUACCAGGAGAUGGGUCUGACAUGGCUAAGGAAUUGUGAAGAAGGCUCGAACAGAGGCGGCAUUCUUGCAGAUGACAUGGGUCUAGGUAAGACCAUUCAGCUCAUAUCUUUGCUUGUUACGCACAAGUCCGAAGAUCCUCGGUGCAAGACCACCCUCAUCCUGGCACCCGUUGCGCUUCUGCGCCAGUGGAAGCAGGAGAUCGAGGCGAAGGUGAAGACGAGCUUCAGGCACAGACUGACUGUCUUCAUCCACCACGGACCAAGCAAGAAGAAGAGCUUCGCCGACUUGCGCCAAUACGAUGUAGUCAUCACGACCUACGGUUCUCUAGCUUUCGAGCUGAAGAAGGUCGAGAACUUCCACAAUCGUCGUCGUACUGAGCCUCAGGCUCGCCCGAACUCGAAGGAGCAAUGUGCGAUCCUGGGCGAAGACGCGCAGUGGUACCGUGUUGUGCUUGAUGAAGCACAAUGCAUCAAGAACAAGAGCACGCAGACUGCAAAAGCAGCGUACAUGAUCAACGCUAAAUAUCGGUUCUGCAUGACCGGCACACCCAUGAUGAAUGGCGUCGAUGAAUUUUACUCACUCGUCAAAUUCCUACGGGUCAAGCCAUACAGUGUAUGGGAGAAGUUCAGGCAAGACUUUUCACAGCCCUUGAAGUCCGGUCGGGACGAGAGCAGGGCACAGUCCAUGCAGAGGUUCCAGGCUUUGUGCAAGGCUGUGAUGCUUCGUCGCACGAAGAAGAGCAAGUUCGAAGGUCGCCCCAUUCUGACAUUGCCUGAACGUACGACCGAAAUGGUCAAUCCCGAGUUCAGCGAAGCGGAGCACGAUUUCUACAAGCACCUUGAGACUCAGACACAAAUGACAUUCAACAAGUACUGGGAGGCGGGUACAGUCGGCAAGCAAUACACUCAGGUGCUGGUGCUGCUUCUGCGAUUGCGCCAAGCAGCAUGUCAUCCACACCUGAUCAAGGACUAUGCCAUCAGUGCUGUGGCUGGUGUCGAGCAGGCAGAUCUCGUCAAGUUGGCGCAGAGUCUGGCACCAGAUGUCGUGCAGCGCAUCCGUGAGAAAGAGGGCAGCUUCGAGUGCAACAUCUGCAUGGACGCCACGCAGAAUCCGGCCAUCUUCAUCCCUUGCGGCCACGAUGCUUGCAGCGAGUGCUUUGCACGGAUUACUGAUCCUGCUAAUGCUAUCGCUAAUGGUAAUGAAGAUGGCGGCACCAAGGCAAAGUGCCCUAACUGCCGCGGUCCGAUUGAUAGUAAGCAGAUCACGGACUUCGCCAGCUUCAAGCAGGUGCAUCAACCCGAGCUGCUCACCGAGGCUGAACGCAAGGAGCUGGAGGGUGACGAUGAUUCGGAGACUGAAGUGGGUGAUGAGAGCGAUGAUGAAAGGGACGAUGUCGAGGACAGCGAGACGGAGAGCGAGGUGGAAGAUGUCAAGGUCAAUCGGAGAGGUGAUCUAAAAGGCUUUGUUGUGUACGGGGACGGCGAAGACGAGGCUACCGAUGAUGAUGAAGAGGAAGAGGAUGACUACGUGCAUGUCAAGGGUGCAGAUGCAGAAGACUACGACCUCGAGGACCUCAACAACGUGGGCGGUCCAACUCAGGCUAAUGGCAGCAAACCGAAGGCUCGAAAAUCCAAGCCGGAAGCUGAGAAGCCCAAGAAGAUCAAGAAGUCUAAGAAGAGCAAGGGCAAGGGCAAAGCAAAGGGUAAGAAGCCUGACAAGGUGACCACUCUCGCCGACCUUAAGCGCCUUGGCUCUCGAAACAUCAAAGCGCGUCAAGCCUAUCUCCGCCGCCUCCGCAAGGACUAUGUAGGCUCGGCCAAGAUCGACAAGAGCAUCGAUACUCUCAAGAGUAUCAUGGCCGUGAAGAAUGACGACACAGACGACAGCGGCAACGGCCUAGAAAAAGUCCUCAUCUUCUCCCAAUGGACGUCCCUCCUCGACCUCCUCGAAAUCGCCGUCGACAUGGAAGGCUGGAACUACCGCCGCUACGACGGCAGCAUGAACGCGAAAGAUCGCGCCGACGCCGUCGACGAAUUCAAGACCAACGCAAACCUCCGCAUCAUGCUCAUCUCCCUCAAAGCAGGCAACGCCGGUCUGAACCUGAACAUGGCAAGCCAAGUCAUCAUCCUGGAUCCCUUCUGGAACCCUUUCAUUGAGGAGCAAGCUAUUGAUCGGGCGCAUCGGCUCGGUCAGAUGAGGGAGGUCAAGGUCCAUCGAAUACUGAUCAAGGAGACGGUGGAGGAUCGCAUUUGUGCUAUUCAGGAGAAGAAGAGGGAGUUGAUUGGGGAGGCGCUUGAUGAGAAGGCUGGGAACUCGGUGAGCAGACUCGGAAUGCAGGAGUUGGCUUACCUCUUCGGUGUUACGGCGAAUCCGAAUCAGACGGUGAGGUAUCGGCCGCAGGGUCAGAGAUGA